AUGAGAUUAGCCAGAAGUGAUGGCGGUUUACCACUUCAUCAUAUCCGCAAAAAAGUUUGGAACGACUCAGGAAGGCGGGUCUAUUAUACAACAUGUUAUGUGAGUUUCAAACAAAAGUGUAAUAUUUUUUAGUGUAAAAUGCUCUUUGAUUUUUCAUUUCAGUAUAUCAAAAACUCAAGUAAACUGAUGAGAUGUAUAUUAUUAUUGAUUUUAUUAUCGGGUACAUAUUUGGUGUUUUCAAACCAUGGCGACGACGGAAUUCAAAAUGAGGUUGUUAUUGUUGUAAGUUUUUCUUUCCUUUUGAUCGAAUUAUUCUUUUCAAUUGUAAUAUUCAGGAACCCCACAAAGAACCAACUAAAAUAGAGCCGCAAGAACUGGAUUUUGUUGAUGACAAUAUUGUGAAAAGUAAAACGAAAACUUCUUUUGAUGGUCCAACAAAUGAUCGACAAAAAGCAGUUGUGAAAGCAUUUCAACAUGCAUGGAAAGGAUAUAAAGAUUAUGCCUGGGGACACGAUCAAUUAAAACCAAUUUCAAAAACAUUUUCGGAUUGGUUUGAUACUGGAAUGACGAUUGUUGAUGGCAUUGAUACAGCAAUUAUUAUGGGAUUAGAAAAAGAAACUGCUGAAGCAACAGAAUGGAUUCGAGAUAAAUUGACUUUCGAGAAAAAUAGAAAUGUCAACUUUUUUGAGUGUACGAUUCGAGUUUUAGGAGGAUUGUUAAGCGCAUUUCAUUUGACUGGUGAUGAGGUUUGUCUUUAGGGUGAAUUUUUUGAAAAAAUAAUGAAACAAUUAGAGAAUCCAUUCAAAAUAUAUUUCUCAAAACGUCUCUCCGAUAGAGUUUUUUUUAGUUUUUAGUUAACGGAACUCGGAAUUGAUUCACAAUUAUUUUUGAAAAUGAUCACAAUUUUUUUCUGGAGUUUAAUUCAAAAUCUCUCCAUAUUUUAUCUGUAAAAAUAAUUACGAAAAAUAUCUCAAAAUCUUCCAUCAAACAAUAUUUUUAGAUGUUCCAAGAGAAAGCAACAGAUCUUGGAGAUCGUUUACUAUCUGCUUUCAAAACAUCAUCUCCGAUUCCCUUCAGUGAUGUCAAUUUACAAAAAAGAACAUCAACAAAUCCUCAAUGGGGUUCGGAUUCUUCACUUUCAGAAGUAACAACAGUUCAAUUAGAAUUCAGAGAUCUAUCAAGAAUCACUAAAAAUUCAACAUAUGAGGUAAGACAUAUUUUUUGAAGAGAGAUAACAUGAAAUAUAUACUUUCAGAAAUUAGCAUUUAAAGUGUCUGAACAUAUUCAUAAAAUUGGAUGUGAUGAACAUGACGGGUUAUGUGGAAUGUUUAUAAAUGCAAACACUGGAACAUUCAAAAGUGAGUCCAUUAUUAUGAAUAAAAAACUUGUCAAAACCAGAUAUUUUUUGCAGAAAGUACAACAAUAACCUUUGGUGCAAGAAGUGAUAGUUAUUAUGAAUAUUUGUUUAAACAAUGGCUUCAAACUGGAAAAACUAUUGAUUGGCUAAAAAAUGAUUAUGGAAAAGCGAUGAAUUCUAUGGAGAAAUUAUUAUAUCGAGCUUCAGAACCAAAUAAAAUGUAUUUUGUUGGUGAACUUUUGAGUGGCGACACUUAUUCACCAAAAAUGGAUCAUUUGGUGUGUUUUAUUGCUGGAACAUUGGCACUAGGAAGUCAGAAUGGAUUUUCAGAACAUCAUUUGGAAAUGGCCAAGGUUGGUGAAUUUUAUUUUGAAACAGAAAUUACUCGAAUAUCGUUUUUUUUUUUAAUUUGAAAAAAUCACCUACUUAUCGGACUGAAGAAUAACAAAACUUCAAAAAUAAUGAUUUCUAGAGCAAUGAAAACAUUUUUUGGAUAACAAUAAUUUUCUUUCACAAUAAAGGAAAAGCGGAAAAAACAUUGAAUAUUUCAGAUUACUUUUCUUUAAACAAAAUAUUUGUAUUCAACUUCUGUUUUUUAAGAAAAUUGGUGAAACUUGUCACAACAUGUACAACAAUCCAACUGGUCUUGGUCCUGAAAUUGCUCAUUUUAAUAUGGUUGGAGGAGAGAAAGAUUUAUAUGUGAAACCUCUCGAUGCACAUUGUCUUUUGCGACCUGAAGCGAUUGAAGCCUGGUUUUAUCUUUAUAGAAUUACUGGUAAGAUAAUUUAUGAAAAUUUUCGAGAAAAUACUUAGGGGCUGGUCUCAUGCAAGCGAUUAAUAAUGAAAUUCAUCAAACCAAAAAGAAAAUAUUCAAUAAUUUUUGCAGGAGACAAGAAAUAUCAAGAAUGGGGUUGGUCUGCAUUUCAAGCCAUUGAAACAUAUGCGAGAAUUCCAACCGGUGGUUAUUCUUCCGUGUCAAAUGUCAAAAAAUUGAAAGUUCAAUAUAAGGAUAUGAUGGAAUCAUUUUAUCUUGCCGAAACUCUUAAAUAUUUGUAUCUUCUAUUAGCCGAUGACCAAACUAUUUUACCACUUGAUCAAUGGGUAUUCAAUACGGAAGGGCAUCCGUUACCAAUUUAUAAUCAUUAGAUAGUCACGUUGUUUUUUUCAGGGUAUUUUGUUUUGAAUCUAGGCUUCUUUAUGUGUCCCUUAUCUAUUCAUUGUUUAACAUUCCACGCAUUUAUUCAUUGAUUUAUUUUUAUUUAUUUUGAUUCUAAUAAAAAAUUCAAUUCUUUGCUAACGCUUUUUAAUUUUAGCUGCCCUUUUCUUUUUUCGGAGAAUUAUUGAUUUUGCACAAAAAAUGCCGUUUCUUAAUAACAACGCUCUUGGUUGCGUGCAUCUUAUUUGAGUUUUUCAAUUAUUUUGUUGAGUUUACAUUGUUUAUUCGUUGUUAUUAAAAGAAAGAGAAACUUAUUCGAUUUUUUCAACCAAAUUUUGUUUUCAUUGUUUUUUUUUCACAAAUCAAAAAAAUCUUAUUAUGGGUUGCCAUGGGGAAAAUUUGGAUACAUUUUCAAGUGAGCGUCUAAUCGAAAGUACAUUCGUAACGAAUAGUUUUUUUUUCUCCAAUAUAUUUUGCAUUUUUUGUCUCAUUUUUUGAAGUGGCAUUCAGUUGUAAAUAAUGUACUUUCCAGAGGGAUGAGCGACAAAUUAGCCGAAGAGAAGCCAAAAACUUUAAUGGAUAUACCAAUUGAAAUUAAAUGCGCAAUUCUACAUCUAGUAGAUAAAAAAUCCAAGUGAAUCAUUUCUUGCGACAUGAAAAAGAAAAUUUCAAUUUCAGGUUGCGUUUCGCACAUUGUUCAAAAUUUUGUCGAGAAUUGGUAUUCACUCUUCCUACUUACAAUGUUAGAUUAUUUUAUUCGAACACAAUUGGUAGUGAUGCGGUAUUGGUUGGAUUUAAACACAGCUGGUGUAAACCACCAAUUGCUGAUUGUGACUAUCAUAUCAGAAUGUAUGAUUAUUAUUUCAAACUCACAACAGAAGAAAACAAAACAAUUGUCCGAUAUAUGUGAGUGAUUACACAUUUAAUGAUUUUAAUUGUUUUGACAACUUAAAGGCACAAAAGUCGAGAGAUCAGUAAACAUGAAGUGGAUGAACCAAACAAAGAGGUAUAUCUUGCAAAAAAGAUUAUGAACAAAAUGAUUGAUGAGAAUCGAGAUCAUUUGAGAUGUCUGACUUUUAAUGCUCGACACAACGAUCAAUGCGAUUUUGAGUUUGAACCAUUGGAUAAAUUAGACUUUCUUUUGUAUUGGAAGUUACACUAA